AUGAAGGGCUGGGAUGGAGAGAAGAUAUGGAGUGGGAUGCUGGACCCUUUCUAUGCCUCCAUCAUCCUGUUUGUGGGGCGAGCCUGGGAUGCCAUCACAGACCCCAUGGUGGGCUUCUUCAUCAGCAAAACAUCAUGGACCCGCUUUGGCCGCCUGAUGCCCUGGAUCAUGUUCUCCACCCCGUUUGCUGUCAUCUCCUACUUCCUCAUUUGGUUUGUACCUGACAUCUCCAGUGGCCAAGUGAUGUGGUACCUCGUCUUCUACUGCAUCUUCCAGACCCUCGUGACGUGCUUCCACGUGCCCUACUCGGCACUGACCAUGUUCAUCAGCAGGGAGCAGAGCGAGCGGGACUCGGCCACCGCCUACCGUAUGACAGUGGAAGUGCUGGGCACCGUGCUGGGCACUGCCAUCCAGGGCCAGAUUGUGGGCAAGGUGGUUCCUCCCUGCAUUGAGAGCCCCCUCUUCAUCGGCAAGACCAACUCCUCGGUGGCCAUGGAGGAGCUGAACAUGACCCACGACACCGGCUCGCUCACUGACACGAGAAAUGCCUACAUGAUUGCGGCGGGGGUCAUUGGGGGGCUCUACAUCCUCUGUGCUGUGAUCCUGUCGGUGGGCGUGCGGGAGAAGAGAGAGGCCUCUGAGCUCCAGUCGGACGAGCCUGUCUCCUUCUUCCAGGGGCUGAAGCUGGUGAUGAACCACAGUGCCUACAUCAAGCUCAUUGCUGGCUUCCUCUUCACUUCUCUGGCCUUCAUGCUGCUGGAGGGCAACUUUGCCCUUUUCUGCACCUACACCCUGGGCUUCCGCAAUGAGUUCCAGAACAUCCUCCUGGCCAUCAUGCUCUCGGCCACCUUGACCAUCCCCCUCUGGCAGUGGUUCCUCACACGCUUCGGGAAGAAGACGGCUGUCUACGUGGGCAUCUCGUCUGCCAUCCCCUUCCUCAUCAUGGUGGCUGUCCUGGACAGUAACCUCAUCGUCACCUACAUCGUGGCCGUCGCAGCUGGGAUCAGUGUGGCUGCUGCCUUCCUCCUGCCCUGGUCCAUGCUCCCAGAUGUCAUAGAUGACUUCAAGCUGCAGCACCCUGACUCCCAUGGCCACGAAGCCAUCUUCUUCUCCUUCUAUGUUUUCUUCACCAAGUUCACCUCUGGGGUCUCACUGGGCAUCUCCACACUCAGCUUAGACUUUGCAGGGUACCAGACCCGGGGCUGCUCCCAGCCCAACGAGGUGAACAUCACUCUGAAGAUGCUGGUGUCAGCUGUGCCCGUGGGCCUGAUCCUGCUGGGCCUGCUCCUCUUCAAGCUCUACCCCAUCGACGAGGAGAAGCGGAGGAAAAACAAGAAAGCCCUGCAGGACUUAAGGGGAGAGAGCAACAGCAACAGCAGCAGCUCAGAUUCAGACAACACAGAACUGGCCAGCAUCGUGUGA